AUGGGCUAUAACACGGCGUCGACGGAUUGGCCUUCACUCCCACCUUCACAGUCGGUACAGGCACUGAUUGACAGAUUCUUUAACCUGUUGGACAGCACCAGCUCAAAUGUUGGUGAUAUGCUGGCAGAGGAAGUAUUUGCUGUGGAUGCGAAAGCUCAAUUUGGCCUGCAUGCCUUUGAAGGACAAUAUCAUUCGCAAGAGGUCUACUCACAUGACGAGAGCGGAAGUGAUCUGCUAUUUCUCGCCUACGUCGAAAUGGAUCUCAAGAACGGCAUGCGUGUUGAAGGCGAAUUUACGGGCCGGUGCGUUAUUGCGGAUGUACAGGCCUCGACACCAAAGUUGAAGUUAUACUCGAUCUGGGCGGAUUCGGCCCCUCUUGUCCUGGCGUUGAAAGCAAAUUGA